GCGCUAUUCCGUCUUCGCUUAAAUACCCAAUUGCUCUGCCUGCCUUUCUUCUGCGCUAUUUCUCUCUCUUACUUCUUCUCCCCGAAGCCAGCUUGGCUCCCCCCCUCCAGGUCACAGUUGCCCUUCUUUGGUUCCUCACUCUCGAAUCUCAUUCCUUGGUCUGAUCCACUCUCCUCAACUCAUCAUCACAAACCUCAUUCCACCAUGCCACCCCUCCAGGGCUAUGUGGCAAAAAUGAGGGGCCAGCGUUACGACCCCUCCACACUCAAGAUGGCUCCAACAUCACCCAGUCGCUUCGUCGUUUUGCUCUCCUCCUUCCUCGGUGCCUUCAUCGGUAUAGCCAUCAUCGCCUUGCUCAGCUUUAAUGUCCAGUGGUUCGUCGAGAGGAAUGUCCCCGUCAUCACCGGCUCCUUUGGGGCCUCAGCUGUCUUAAUCUAUGGAGCCAUUGAGGCCCCUCUGUCCCAACCUCGUAACGCCGUCGGUGGUCACAUCCUGUCCGCCUUAAUCGGUGUCUCGCUCUACAAGCUGUUCAAUCUCCUCUCUGAAGAGACAUUCGCCAAACUGCACUGGCUGCUCUGCUCUCUCGCGGUCUCGAUCUCACUCUUUGCCAUGCAGAUUACGCACACGGUGCAUCCGCCGGGGUCGGCCUCGGCUCUGAUCGCCGUUACUGGAGGACAGGCGAUCUACGAUCUAGGAUAUUGGUUUGUGCUUUGUCCGAUUGCGUUGGGCGUCGUGUUGAUGAUGGUCAUUGCCGUGGCCGUUAACAAUAUCACUAGAAGAUAUCCGACCCAUUGGUGGAGCCCCAAGACGAGGAGGAUCGCAGUGGUGGAUCAGGAUAUGUCGAUGGCCAUUGCUGAUUUUAUCUCCCCAAAAGAUGAAGUUGAUGAGGACGAGGGCGAAGGCAGCACGAAGGAGGGAGGGGAGAGCGUCCACAGCGGCCGUGUUGCGCAUGGGGAUCAACACACUCGCCCCUCAAGUUCUUCCUCAACUGACUCGCCCUCCACCGUGGGUGAUGUACCCGCUCCUGCUCACACUCGAAGGCCGUCUCAGCAACAUCCUCAUCAUCCUCCUCCUCAUCAUCCGGAGGGUCACUAUGCGGUCUACUAUGGUGGCGAGCGACAUGAGAGGCUUCAUGAUGGCGAAAUGAUGCUUGCAGAAUAUUCGCACUCGGAUGCACUCAACGACGUGGAGCAUAAUGCCAGGCGUCCGUCUAUCCACGUCGAGAUGCGUCGUCCUUCCCAUGCCUCGCACCUCACAACCCGUCGUGCUUCCAGAACUGAGGACGAGCAUCUCGCCACGAUCGAGCAGUUGCAGCAACGUAUCGCCCAUCUCGAGAGUCAGCUGGCCUCGACGUCAAAGUGACCAGAAACUUGUUGAUCACACUCCCCAUUUUUACUCCUAUACCUUACUUAAGCUUGGCAUACUGCUACCUAUCAAUUACUUCUAUCUACAUAAUAAAUAAUAUAACUGGAUAAG